UGUUACCUGACCAAGAGAAGGAGCACCUCUCACCUGGUCGGAGUCACGCGCAGUAAACCAGGUGAGGAUUACGCCUCCUCGCUAAACGGAUUAUCAGAGCUCAGCAGCACAGAAAGCAAGCGAGAAACAGCAAGAACGAAAUAAGAAAGAUCAACGACAGGAAGCGGGACACCAGCAGCGGACGAGCUGGAGGACAUCUUGGAGGACACGUUUUAUUUUUAUUUCUGCUUGGGUCUGAGGAGCCACAGAGACAGCGAUCGACGGUCAAGACCGGAUCUGCGGAUCUGCUGCUCACAUAAUCCGUCUACCCACCGCUUCUCCGUCCAUGCAGACAUCGGUCCGUCCUCGUGUCUCUGCUGUCCUCCUCCUCGGUCUGUCUCAAUGCCAGCUGGUCCUAAGGUAACCUGGAUGACGCUGUGACUGGAAUUUCAUUUUGCUGAGAUUCAAACCAAGUCGGCUGAGACUCAGCCCGGAUCCACCGUCACGCAGACUGAAAUGGAUCCAGACAGAGAAGAAGCCGAGGUGUUCUCAGACCCAGAGGACCCGGGUCCUCUGAGAACACAUGAGGAAGAGGAGGAGGGGGAGGAAGGAGAGGACGACGAGGACGAGGACGAGGAGGAAGACGCUCGGAUCUUCAAUGCCUGGAUGCAGCGGUACAGAGGAGGGGAGGUGGAGGCAGAGGGGGAGUCAGAGGAGGGAAGAGCUGCGAGCAGAACCGGCUUAGAGCUGCCAGUCCGCAUGAGGACGGACCGCCGGGCCUCGCUGCCCUGUCCGGCCACGCUGUCGGCCAUGCAGCUGUCCCGCCUCCACUCGUCCACCCGGGCCCCGGUGACGGCGAGGGCUCUGCUGCGCUGCUCCUCCUCCCGCCGCCUGCUGCCGCCCCCGCAGGAAGCCUCCGUGGCCCCGACCGAGCGAAGACCCUCCCUCAUCACCACAAUCCCAGAGGUCACAACGUCGGAGAGGCGGGGUACGUUCAGGAGACGCAACGUCAUGUCGCUGAGCGACGCUGACAGCAUCUGUCUGAUCUGCCACCACGACCUGAACCGAGGAACCGGAGGAACCGGAGGAACCACAGAGCUGCAGUGCACACACACUUUCCACAAAGAGUGUAUAGAGGAGUGGCUGUGGAGGAAACACUCCUGUCCCACGUGUCACGUCCAGGUGUCCGUGCCACAGCCCGUCUACUGGAGCUCCACCAGGGUCAAGGUCCCGUAAAGCCAUCAGCGAGAGACCAGAACCAGAACCUGAAGUCCAGCCCAGACCAGACCCUUCAGCUGCCGACCGGGACGUCGUGUUGGGUCUGUAAAACCUGAAGAGGACGGAGAAACCGGCUUCCCGUCGGGAUCUGAACACACCGAAACAGGGACACCUGCAGGGCUCCUGUGACGCAGGGCUGAGAGUGAGACAGGUGGACGUCUGUUAGACAGGUAGAAUGAGAAAGCAAAGGGACACGUGUGUGUGUGUGCGUGUGUGUGUGUGCAGUGUUUGAACAUUGUUAGCAGUGUCGUUAAGACUUCUGAAUAAAGUUUGAUUGUACAAGAGGA